ACAUCAAACACGUUGAACAAGGUUCAAACACAGUGUUCAUUGUUUUUCGAUAGGAACUAGGCCUCCUUAACAAGUUGCCACUACCUUGCCUCCUCAGAAUCUCCGUCAAACAUAGCGGCGAUUUUUCCAACUUCCAUUUUCCCUUCACCUUCUUCUUAUACGUCUCGCAUUCCCUCUUCUCUCUCCCAAAACAUUUUUCUCUUCCUCUAUCUAUGGCUCAGGUCGCGGUCUCACGAUCCAUUCAAGGCACCCUUUUGUGUCCCUCUUCUGGAUCUGCACGUGACAGGUCUCAAAACCUGUUAAAGCCUCCAUCUUUUGCUUCCACGGUGUUACCUCCCCAUGGGAACAAUAACAAACGCUCCCAAGUCGCCCCCAGAAGCUUUCAGAUCAGUGCAAGGAAAUCUGCCCCUUCUGAAGUCAUCCCAGUGUCACCCGAAGAUGACCCAAAGAUUGAGCAGCAUUUGCAACAUUUACGCGGGGUGCAGCCAUUUGGGGAGAAUUCGGUUGGGAUGUGGUCUAAGCCCACGUUUAGGCGCAAGACAAAGAUCGUGUGUACCAUUGGACCUUCUACCAAUACCAAGGAAAUGAUUUGGAAGCUGGCUGAGGCUGGUAUGAACGUUGCUCGAUUGAAUAUGUCUCAUGGGGACCAUGCUUCUCAUCAGAAAGUCAUUGACUUGGUUAAGGAAUAUAAUGCUCAAAGCAAGGACAAUGUGAUUGCAAUCAUGCUUGACACUAAGGGUCCUGAAGUUAGAAGUGGGGAUUUGCCACAACCUAUUAUAUUGAAUCCUGGGCAGGAAUUCACUUUUACUAUUCAGAGAGGUGUUGGAACUGCCGAUUGUGUUAGUGUGAACUACGAUGAUUUUGUCAAUGAUGUGGAAGUGGGGGAUAUGCUUCUUGUUGAUGGUGGUAUGAUGUCUAUGGUGGUUAAGUCUAAGACAGAGGAUUCUGUGAAAUGUGAAGUUGUUGAUGGAGGAGAGCUCAAGUCUAGGCGACAUUUGAAUGUUAGAGGAAAAAGUGCUACACUGCCUUCAAUCACUGAGAAGGAUUGGGAUGAUAUCAAGUUUGGAGUUGAUAACAAAGUUGACUUCUAUGCUGUUUCCUUUGUUAAGGAUGCUGAAGUUGUUCAUGAACUGAAGAAUUAUUUGAAGAGAAGUGGUGUUGAUAUACAUGUCAUUGUAAAAAUUGAAAGUGCAGACUCUAUACCAAAUUUGCACUCAAUUAUCACUGCAUCUGAUGGGGCCAUGGUUGCCAGAGGAGAUCUUGGUGCUGAGCUCCCUAUUGAAGAGGUUCCACUUUUGCAGGAAGAGAUAAUCAACUUGUGCCGUAGCAUGGGAAAGGCGGUUAUUGUGGCAACAAAUAUGCUAGAAAGCAUGAUUCUUCAUCCAACUCCAACCAGAGCAGAGGUGUCAGAUAUAGCAAUUGCUGUUCGAGAAGGCUCAGAUGGAAUAAUGUUGUCUGGAGAAACAGCUCAUGGAAAGUUCCCACUAAAAGCCGUAAAAGUAAUGCAUACAGUAGCAUUGCGGACAGAAGCCACUAUUCCGGGUGGUCAAAUGCCACCUAACAUUGGUCCAGUGUUCAAGAACCAUAUGAGUGAGAUGUUUGCUUACCAUGCAACAAUGAUGUCUAACACCCUUGGAACUUCAACUGUUGUCUUCACUAGAACGGGUUUCAUGGCUAUCUUAUUGAGCCACUAUCGUCCUUCUGGCACCGUAUUUGCUUUUACAGAUGAGAAGAGGGUGCAGCAGAGACUUGCUUUGUAUCAAGGAGUCUGUCCCAUAUACAUGGAAUUUUGUGACGAUUCUGAAGCAACCUUCAAAAGAGCCUUGGACCUUCUGCUGAAGCAAGGAAUGGUGAAGGAAGGAGAAGAAGUAGCACUUGUACAAAGUGGUAGGCAACCCAUAUGGAGGUUCCAAUCCACGCACAAUAUUCAGGUUAGGAAAGUGUAAGCCAGAGGAAUGAGAGCCACAAAUAAUGUUUCAAGACACGGCAAAGUUUAGCAUCAUAAUUAGAGCAUCAUAGUUUGUUUGGUUUGUUUAGGUUUCAUAUCCUCUUUAAAAUAUUAUUGCUAUUAUUUUUUUCCUCUGUAAUUUUGUUGUGUUUAAAGUUUAUUGAAAUUUUGGUUAAGAAAUUGAAAUCAGAAACAUGCUUUCAGCAUAAUGGACUAACUUGUUUGAUACCUUGUUUGGAUGAAUGACGCAGUGAUUUCAGAAGUUAAA